CAAAUCAUAUGUAAAUAUAACCUAUUAAAUCGCCUUGCCGUGAUAGAUACAGGUGGUGAUUUAGUAGCAACGUACAAAAUUUCAAUUCAUAACAAAUCUGAAAACUGCAUUGGCUGGCCACUUGGGUGGAAUAUAACUUCGUCUGACAAUGUUUUAUCACAUAUCGUUGGAGCAUGAAAUCCUUUUGCAUCCAAGGUACUUUGGCCCACAACUAUUAGAUACAGUCAAGCAAAAACUUUACACUGAAGUCGAGGGCACAUGUACCGGAAAGUAUGGAUUCGUGGUAGCUGUAACAACAAUAGACAAUAUUGGAGCUGGAAUAAUCCAGCCGGGGCAAGGUUUUGUUGUGUACCCAGUAAAAUAUAAGGCCAUAGUAUUCCGGCCAUUCAAAGGAGAGGUUUUGGAUGCGGUUGUGACACAAGUGAACAAGGUUGGCAUGUUUGCUGAAAUAGGGCCUUUGUCUUGUUUCAUCUCCCACCAUUCAAUACCAGCAGAUAUGCAGUUUUGUCCAAAUAUCAAUCCUCCUUGUUACAAAUCAAAGGAAGAGGAUGUGGUAAUACAAGCUGAUGACGAAAUUAGAUUGAAAAUAGUGGGAACUAGAGUUGAUGCUACUGGAAUUUUUGCAAUCGGCACACUGAUGGAUGAUUUUCUGGGCUUGGUAAUGUGAGGAUAUUAAUGGUGCAAGAUACCCCAUGCCACAAAAGAGUUUUAUCCUCCAAAAGAAAAUCCAGGCUGUGAAUCCUGGAAUUCCGCAAAUUCGCCAGCGAAUUUUGAUGGAAUCAUCUUCAGGAUGGAUAGUGAUUUUUAAUACUUCAAGUUUGACGUAUGCAAAUUUAAGAUGCCCAACCGUCCUCAACAAAGCUAUUUGUUUGAUGUAAUCGAAGAGGCCUCUACACAAAGUAUUGACUUAGAAAUUGAACUGCACUGAUGGUUUACAAAAAAUUUUGAAAGCAUUUCCAGCACAAUGAUCACUUACCGACUCACAGUACCUCUAAUAUUAUUUAUAAAUUCCAUGUCUAGCCGAUAGAUUUUAUAAUCCAUUGAGUGAGUAAACAACCUCGGCACCUGUAACAGUAAAUAAAUUCAGUUGUGCAUUUGAUAAUACACCUGUAUGAGCAAUGUUAAAUAAUCUUUCAAUAAAUCACAUGAAUAAGUGUACCGUUUCUCUCAA